AUGCAUGCCGCCUGCGUUUCCAGGACGCUCCUCAACGUCCCGCGUGGAACUUCGCCGCAACUUUCUCCUGCUGAUUACCUCCUCUACUACAAACGUGCAACUGCGUACUAUUCUCUCAGUCGUCAUCCUGCUGCACUUUCCGACUUCGACAAGGUGCUCGAACUGACGUCCGAUUCGUUUGACAAGGCAUACUUAAUGAAGGCGCGGAUACUUGCCAAGGAGGGGCGGUUUCCCCUGGCGCGAGAAGCGAUCAAGAGAUAUACUUCCGACAUCAAGGAUCAAGAGGCCCAGGAGGUUCUAUUUGGAAUCAGCGAGGGUGAACUAGCAGCGAAGAAGGCUGGACAAGCUUUGCGUGCGAAGUUGUGGACAGCCUGUGAAGAAGCUGCAUUAACCGCUUUGCAGACGGCGUCCCAUUCUGCAGAGCUACGUCAACAACGUGCGGAUUGUGCUCUCGCUGCGGGUGAUAUUGAGAGCUCUAUUGGUGACUUGACUCGUCUCACACAUUUAACCACACCGUCCACCUCCCUGCUCAUGAAAAUUUUCCGCUUGUCAUACUUUCUCGGUCCGUACUCAUUUGGAGACCAGAACGCUGCCUUAUCCACCCUGAAGCAGUGCUUACACUACGACCCGGACUCCUCUGAGUGCCUACCUGCUCACCGCUUGGUGAAGUCGCUUGACAAGUCCUUCAAAAAUCUCGAGAAGCACCUGGCAUCAGAGGAUUGGCGCGCCGUGAUUUCACUCCUUGCUAGCGAGAAGGGCAAGAAGGAAGGUCUUGCAGAGUCAUUCGAUGCCGCGUUAGAGAAACAUAUGACUCGUAUCGCGCUCAGCCUUCCACCUGCUAUACCGCUUCCUCAGGCGAAGCGCCUCUCUCCCAGACGUGAAGCGAUCCUGCGUGGUCUAUGUCGUGCGCAUAUCAAGCUGAACGAGCCGAAGAAAGGGGAGCGCUGGUGUAUUGCUCUAUCGGAGAUGGACGGUCUGGAAGAUGAUGCCGAUGGUGCAAUAGGUCGUGCAGAGGUGCUUUUUAUCCAGGAAGAGUGGGAGGAAGCUGUGCGUGUUCUUGAACGGGCCUUUGAGGCAAACGGACGCUCGAACCGAGACAUUCACCAACGGCUGCAGAAAGCUCAGAAGCUCCUUAAACAGUCCCGCCAUAAGGAUUACUACAAGGUGCUUGGUGUUGCCCGGGACGCUGACACAAAGACGAUCAAGAAGGCUUAUCGGAAAGCAGUCAUGAAGGCGCAUCCAGAUAAGGGCGGUAGCGAGGCCAAGAUGGCGGCAGUCAACGAGGCGUAUGAGGUCCUCAACAACCCAGAGCUGAGACAACGUUUCGAUAAUGGCGACGAUCCGAACGACCCCAUGGCAUCACAGGGCGGAAAUCCCUUUUCUGGUAGCCAAGGCGGGGGGCAACACUUCGCCCAGUUCUUCCAACAGGGCUUCCCAAGCGGAUUCCAGUUCCAUUUCAGUCCACCUGGAUUCCACGGUCAUUGA